GGCGUGGGCUAGGCUCUGCUACCGGUCGUGACUUGAGCAGCAGAAGUUUGACAGGAGGUGCGGCUGCGUCAACUCUGGCUCCUCCCACACUCUCCGGAGCCUUAAGCCCCGCCUCGCCACCGCGGCCCGGUAGCCCAGGCCUGCCCGGGGUAGUUUAACAUGGGUUCUUCCAGCUCCAGAGCUUUGGCUCGCCUCGGCCUCCCCGGGCAGCCGCGGUCCACCUGGCUCGGCGUCGCCGCGCUGGGACUGGCCGCGGUGGCGCUGGGGGCCGUGGCCUGGCGUCACGCGCGUCCCCGGCGGCGCCGGCAGCUGCAGCAGGUGGGCACCGUGUCGAAGGUCUGGAUCUACCCGAUCAAGUCCUGCAAGGGGGUGUCGGUGUGCGAGACCGAGUGCACUGCCAUGGGGCUGCGCUGCGGCAAAGUGCGCGACAGGUUCUGGAUGCUGGUUAAGGAAGAUGGACACAUGGUCACUGCCCGCCAGGAGCCUCGCCUGGUGCUGGUCUCCAUCACCUUGGAGAACAAUUAUCUGACGCUCGAAGCUCCAGGCAUGGAUCAGAUAGUUCUGCCUAUCAAGCUGCCUUCUUCGAAUAAGAUCCAGGACUGCAGGCUAUUUGGUCUCGACAUUAAAGGCAGAGAUUGUGGCGAUGAGGUAGCUCAGUGGUUCACUAGCUACCUGAAGACGCAACCCUACAGGCUGGUUCAGUUUGAUACCAACAUGAAAGGAAGGACAACAAAGAAACUUUACCCAUCUGAGAGUUACCUCCAGAACUAUGAGGUAGCCUACCCAGACUGCAGCCCUAUCCACCUGAUUUCUGAAGCCUCCUUAGUCGAUCUCAACACCAGGCUGAAGAAGAAAGUGAAGAUGGAAUAUUUCAGGCCAAACAUCGUGGUGUCAGGCUGUGAGGCUUUCGAGGAGGAUACUUGGGAUGAACUCCUGAUUGGUGAUGUAGAGAUGAAAAGGGUGUUGAGCUGCCCCAGGUGUGUUUUGACUACAGUGGACCCAGACACUGGCAUCAUAGACAGGAAGGAGCCGCUGGAGACCCUGAAGAGCUAUCGCCUGUGUGAUCCUUCUGUGAAGAGUUUAUACCAGUCAUCUCCACUUUUUGGGAUGUAUUUCUCAGUGGAAAAAAUUGGAAGCCUGAGAGUGGGUGACCCUGUAUAUCGGAUGGUGGAUUAAUGGACCCCGUGGGCUGACGCGCUUCCGGGUCCUGGGAGAUACAUCUGCGAGUCUUCAUGCCCAUCUUCCUGGAAAUGGAUCUCUGUUUUUCCUUUGGAGCUGCACACGCCCUGAGUUAAUUCAAGAAAAGUACCCGAGGUGGCUUGGGAAUGUGAGGGUGUAUAAAUUUUAGAUAAUGAGGUUUAAAAAAAAAUAAAUGGAAUUGUGUCUACAGUUAUCCUGAAUGUUACUCCCACUAUUACAACUCUCUAAUUCCUGCCUUUAACAUUGCCAAGUAAAGGAAGUUAAAAGAAACAGCUCAAAUGCUGCUUUUUUAAAAAAAAUGUUUAUACUUUUUCUAGGUAUAUUGUUUGAGAAAAGUGGGAAGAGGAAUUCUCAUGUCUUGAAUAUCUAGGAAUUUUCAUUUAUGGCUGUGUUUACCUUGAAGUUAUAAAAUUAUGCUUAUAUACAGAAAUGACUUCAUAGGUCAUGGGGUUAUUUUGUUCAUAGAUUGUGUCUUUAUGUUUCAUUCUGAUUCUAUUGAGAUGGGUAGAAUUUAUCUGUAAUUGUGAACUCUUCCAAUUCUACAAGAGAGUGGAAUUUAUAGGAAUGGAACCUUCAGAAGAAGGAACAAGGAGAAACCAUGAACUCAUUUUUAAAGGCUCAUCUCUCUUCUUCAUACCAAGCUUGUGUAACAGUAAAAACACCUACUAAGGUAAAACAUGGAGUUAGCUCACUUACA